GUUUCCAUUUGUUGCGCGGCAAUGGAAAAUUGUGAUGAUCUUUCAUCGGAUGAGAAUCUCCCACCACCCGGAGAUCACCGUCGCGAACAGUCCCAAGAAAGAGCGAGAGUCGGGAAUCGUGAUGAAUCAGUUUCUUCGACCAACAUGCGUAGUAUUGGAGGUGCAGUUCACAACCAGCAGCAACUUUAUUGGACAGACAUGUACAAUGGCUCAAAUAAUUUGGAGAAUUUUUGGCUGUGCUUCUCUGGAAACACGUCUCUUGCCGAUGAUCCAACCGUUCAAUCCGAUUCAUCCGCGUCCACACAAAGUAGAACUAACCAAAGUGGUACAAUUGCACAGGAAACGGACAACAGGAAUGCAAGCAAUUUUCCGCCACGAUCAACAACUCGGCGUGGACAGACAUAUGAAUCGAGAGACGAGUCUCAAGGAGGACAGGCGCCCUCACAUCAGAACCAGGUUCCAGGUGUUGAUCGCGAUGAGUAUGCAGGUGACCGGAGUAACGUUUCCAUCAAUCUACCAUCCGUAGAUCAGUGGCGCGAAUACAGUUUUUCUGAUAAUUCGUUUCAAGGCGAAAGCCGGACUGUCCAACGGAGAUCAUCCCGGGCCACACAUCGCGUCAAAAAUCAAUUUGGCAGCAUUGGAGAUGGGAGAACGAGCAAUAAUACGAGCCUCCAAGAGCCAGUGAUUCAGGAUACAAGAAAUCGAAAUCGCUCUGAAUCUUCUUCCACCAUGUCAUCGCAAUCACGAACAGAACAUGCUCCAAUUUUCCGGUUGCAAUAUAAUUACCAAAGAGAGGCAGACAAUAGAUCUUCACGAUUGGUUCAAAUACAAGGACAUUCGGCUCCAAAUAAUGCAAACGGUCUACAAAAUACGGGCGGUCAAGCUCCAGACAUUGGUCCUGAGGUCAAUGGUCAGAGUUCCGAUACUCGAGCAAUGAACAUGGGUAAUCAGAUGGCUCAAGGCGAUUCCCACGUUCCAAUGAAUUUCGUACCAAGACCUUUGUCUAACGGUGUUCCCAGGCUUCACGGAGUUCCCAGGCUUGUAGACAUGUACGAUUAUGAACUUGCUCAGAGGGCUCAUGCACGAAGAUAUCCGACUUCAAAUAUGCCAUACGGUUUUCCAAAUGCCGGCUUUCAAGCUCCUCCACACAUGGGUUUGUGGCCAAAUAAUCAAAAUGCAGAUACUCGAGCAAUGAACAUGGAUAACCGUUCGAGAGAUCGUACCUUCCAGAUGCCUCCUGCAAACGCUCAAGUUCCAACGAGUUCUCUGUCAGGUCUAUUCAAUUCAUCUAUAAAUCACGGCUCCGGGAAUCAACAGUUCCAAAUGGGACAGAGCUCAUCAGGUUCUGCACCUCAAUUGCCUGCUCUUCCGGAAAAUUUCCUGAUGGCUCAUGCAAACUCUCAAAUUCCAACGAGUUCUCUGUCAGGUCUUUUCAAUGCAAUGAAUCACGGCUCCGGGAAUCGAAUGAACCACAGCUCAUCAGGCCCUGCACCUCAGUUGCCCAAUCUGCCGGAAAGCUUCCUGAUGGCUCAUGGAAUUGGUCAAGUUGAAACAAGGUCCCCAGCAGGUCCCUCCAAUUCCUCCAUAAAUCACGGCUCCGGGAAUCAACAGUUCCCAGUUCAACAAAGCUCAUCACGCCCUGCACCUCAGUUGCCCAAUCUGCCGGAAAGCUUCUUGAUGGCUCAUGGACUCUCUCAAAUUCAAACAAGUUCCACAGCAGGUCCCUCCAACUCAUCUAUGAAUCACGGCUCCGGGAAUCAACAGUUCCGAAUGGGACAGAGCUCAUCACGCCCUGCACCUCAGUUGCCCAGUCUGCAGGAAAGCUUCUUGAUGGCUCAUGGAAUUGCUCAAGUUGAAACAAGUUCCACAGCAGGUCCCUCCAACUCAUCUAUGAAUCACGGCUCCGGGAAUCAACAGUUCCCAGUUCAACAAAGCUCAUCACGUCCUGCACCUCAUUUGCCUGAUCUGAUAAGGCAAGAGGAAGAAUUUUUGAACACUCUGGAGUUUGAGCAAUUUGCAAGGCGAUUGUACAACGACCUACUUCCUGGAGUUGAUCCAAAUUAUGAUUCAGGCACAUCAACCAGUGAGACUCCAGUGCUAAAGUUCUCAAUAACACUAAAGGCGAUGCUUUACGACUACUGGCGGACGAUGGUGCAAAUGCAGUAUCGCGGAGCGAACAUCAACUUCCUCCAAUCCAUUAUUAACUUGAAUGCCAGGUCUGCUGCUCUCAACAGCUCAAACGCCAGAGCCUCAGGCUCGGCGGAUGUGCAGAAUCAAACAGUGUCAGCGACGGUCGAAGGAGCAGAUGAUGCCAGUGCCAAUGUCAACGCAUUGAGCGACUUGCUGGCCCAAUCUUUCCCACGCCAAGCAGAAGGAGAAGCUUCUCGUCGCAACGAUAUAGAUCAUCCCGAAGAUGAUCUGAACCAGGCUGAUUCACCGAAAUCAGACAAUCAGAGUGACAAGGAUCCUCCCAGCAACUAAUUUUGACUAUUGGCUCAACUACAAACAUCAAUCUUACGACCCAAUUUUGUACCAUAUCAUUUCUUUCCAAUUUUACCAUUUCUAGUUGUUUUUCUGUGAUUUUUUUCAACAAGCAGCCCAACUUGUAUCGUACUUGUAUCUCAUAACAGGAACUUCUCAGCAGUUAAUUUUGAUCAAUGGCUCGCCUACCAAUAACAGCCUUAUUACCCACUUUUUUACCAUACCAUUUCUUCUUACCAUACUAACCAAUUUUACGACUUCUAGUUUUUUCCUGUGAUUUUUUUUUCAACAAGCAGCCCAUCUUGUAUUGUACUUGUAUCUCAUAGUGCUCAGUCUCAAUUUUUUUCGGGUUCCUAGCCACUGUCAAGUAUAACCUCACCGGUCGUUUUUAUUGUUGUUUAUUUUAAUGCAUACAAUUAUUUUUAUUUA